AUGUCUAGAUUCCGAAUUUUACUUCUUGGAGGGAUUUCACACCUAUUGUUGUACAGUUAUGCUGUAUGUUCGCCUUUAGGUAGUGCAAUUAACAGCAUUUUUUUGCACAUCAACAAUGUGACGGUAGAUUGCUCGGAGCAUUCGGGACGUAAGAUACCAUACCAAGACGCCUUAAUUGAGUGUGCUCACGACGGUCAAUGCUGCUACGUAGUAGUGGAGGAGGUCGACGCACACGCUGAAGGUCCCGGUUUGUCCCUUCUCUGCACCUCCUGCGAGCUUCGCAACGCCAGAACCGUGAAGGAUGCUCGGAUUUCAAUCAAGGGAGACCAGAUUCUCGGUAACACCGCCAAAGCUUUUGACAUUAGCUGGAACAGACAAGGUAUCUGUGAGCACGAACAGCUCCUGGGAGAGCUGUCUUCUGUGGAAUCAUUCACUGCUGCGGCACGGGAGUGUGAACGUAAAAAAUGUGACUACUUCACGAUGUCUACGUUGGAAGGGAUCGUUGGCGUCCCCGGGACCGCUAACAAAGCAUGGUUCUGCUCCGGUUCGCCCAAGAACGUUCACGCUGAUGGAUUUAUUACAGCCACCCGCAAACGUCGUCAAUACGAGUUUUAA